AUUAAAUGCACAUGGGAGUGCAUCAUUCAAAAAUUAAAAUUUUUAAAAGUCUGAACAAGCAAAUAGGUCCUCCGGCUCCAGCAGUACAGUAACUAUGGCUACUCAAAACAUUGCUCCACCAGCCCAGACCCAGUCUAAAGGAUCAAGUGCCUCGCAGAUGGCUCCCAAAGAUGGCCACUCAGUCGCCAAGAGGCUCAACCAGGACCUGAUGAAGCUAAUGAUGUCUGGUGAUGACACGAUCAGUGCUUUCCCUGAUGGAGACAACCUAUUCCACUGGGUGGCUACCAUCACUGGGGGCCCGGGAACAGUGUACGAGGGACAGAAGUACAAGUUGUCCCUCUCGUUCCCCCCUGGGUAUCCCUACACUGCACCCACUGUCAAGUUCAGCACAUCUUGCUAUCACCCCAACGUCGACACUCACGGCAACAUCUGUCUCGAUAUCCUUAAAGAGAAAUGGUCAGCACUGUAUGAUGUGAGAACGAUACUCCUCUCCAUACAAAGUCUACUAGCAGAGCCCAACAAUGACAGUCCCCUCAACGCAGAGGCUGCUGAACUGUGGUCCAAUCAAGCAGACUACAAGGUGAUUUUAACUCAAAAGUAUGAGCAAGCUGUAAAGAAUGACUCUUGAGAAACUAUUUAUUGCUGUGCCGUUCUCUGUUUUCUGUGAUCAUUUGAUUUUUCCAUUGGUUUUGGUUGUAGGCUAAAUCACAUGUAUUUAUGUUGUAUUUAGAUACAAGACUUUUUUCAAGUUUAUUGAACCAAUACGUA